AUGUCAGGAGACGAAGUUCGUCAGAAUUCGCAGCACCCGUUCGACGAAUCUGAUGCCGAGUUCUUCUUAAUGAAUGAAUACCCAGGAGUCGCAGCAGGCGUCAUGGUUGAAGUCUGCGUCAAUUGUGCCGGCAUCAUGCAUGGCUGCGCGUAUGUGGUAGGGGCAGCCGAACUUGCGUUGCACCCGACAUCAGCGACCGACUCAUGUGCUUUUCCGGCCCUGGAAGGUGUUCUUAGAUCGCGGCGUGUUUCGGUGGACUUGACCCAACCAGAUGGUGAAGUCAUCGACUUCUUGGAGCGACGGCGCAUGAUUGCUCUGGGAACUUUCAUUGUCAAAAUGUGGACAAGAAGCGUCCUGACAGGGGACGUGGUAGUACCCGCUCGCGCAGAGCUCAAGUUGAUCACACAGGUUCUGCAGCUUCCGGAUCCUGAUGAGACCGCAGCUGUAAGCGACUGUCGGUUCUUGAUCAUGACGGAGGAGCUUGCGGCCGUGAUUGCCCACACGGUGACGGUGGAGAAAAAGAAGCUUCCUGCAGCUGAUGGCGGAUAUGCGCCGACACCGAAGAUUCGUUUCAAAGAAUGGGCUUCCCACCUCGCAGAGGUGUCUGUCAGCUGCCGGGAGAUGCAGAAGCAGGUCCGCAGCUGGGUGUCGCGCUACGAGCGGGCACACGACGGAUCCAUUCGAGAAACUCCGCGCGAGCACUCGUUUGAGCACCGAGUGAGGGUGGUGGACUUCUGGUAUGAAUAUCACAAGGAUGCAUGGAACACGCUGCCCCUGCGUCAUGGCGGCGGCAGGAGCAGAACACCUGGUGGAUCCAGCGGUAAGGCCUCCUCUGGAACGAUCCCUUAUAGUACCACCUUGUCGAGGCAGCCAUCACUGCGGCGGACGCUGACAAAGUCCGACCCGGCUCUCCAACUCUCGAAAAGUGGCAGCGGACUUCUCAAGCUGCCCCCCGUAAGCAACCCGGCGAGGGAGCGAUAUCUGAAGCAAUGUAGCGGCCGCACAAUGACUCCGUUGCCUAUCCCCUUCAUGAUUGGAGAGACUCCCGAUCUGGAUUUGGCUCGGCUUGAUUUGAGCGACGUGGAGCUGGAGGCCAUCGCCGAAACCCUGCCUACAGUCCACGCAGUCCGGAAGGUGGACCUGCACGGCAAUGCUCUCCUGAGUGACCGCUCCUUGAGCAACUUCCUGCGCAGCGUGCAGCUGCCGAGACUUGCUUCCAGUUUGGUGGAGUUGAGCCUAAGUGGCUGCUCCAGGGCAGGGCCUCAAAGUCUCACGUGCAUCAUCUCUCUCGUCAGUGACGCUUCCUACCUUGAGCGGCUGGAUCUGAGCCAAGUGGAGGUGAACCACCGCUACCAGCUGCCACUGUGUGAAGCGAUCAGCGAGCGACAGACCCUGAACUACGUAAAUCUCAGCAGAACGUCUGUGGGGAGUGGCCCCAUCGACCAUGGAUGCCAGUGCAUCGCGACGCUCCUUCAGGGCCAUGUGCAGGAGCUCGAUCUGAGCUGGAACCACAUGUCCUCGCAGCUAUUUCACUGCUUGGGUGAGAAUAUUGCGAGGCAAGCGACGGUGAAGAAGCUCAAUGUCUGCAACUGCUCUGGUGCUGGUAUUGACCAUCUUUCCGUGCCGGUAAACUUCUUCGUGGAACAGCUGCGGAAGGACAACACCUUGACUUCCCUCGAUCUCUCUAUGAGCAGAAUGAACUUUCGUUCGGCGCUGAUAUUGGAGGAUGCGCUGCAGAAUCAUAAGCAGCUCAAGCACUUGUACUUGGCCGACAAUCCGUUGGGACCUCGCGGUUUGAGGUCAGUGCUGAGAACGAUAGCGUCAACGACGAAUGCGCUGAAGUUCUUUGACACAUCUGGAUGUUACGGGGGUGAGGUGCCAGCUGAUCACGAUCACGAGGUCUUUGCGAUGAGCAACCUCCCUGGUUCGGGCUCCUACCAUCUGCAGCUACAUCGACCGUAUCACCGAUCCUUGCUGCGCAUGCUGUGCAAGUCAGCCGAAGGAUUUCGGCUAGCUCCUUCAGAAGUUCUGCUCGUUGUAAGCUCGUCGGAUGACUUCGUCCACGGCACAAAGAAAGGAGGACUCUGGGAAGUACCCAGCAGUGGCGAGGUAACGCUCAGCUUCAAUCUAGAACGCUGCUUCGAGACUCCCUUGUUCAAGGAUGUAGACUCUGACUUUGGCCUGGUGAUCAACAGAUUUUACAGCUUGUCUCGCUUUCACCUUGACUCGAGCAAGGCUGUGGCCGUGUUUGGCCGGUUCGUCGAGCUGGAUGGUUUCCAACAUUCGCAAGCAUGCCUUCUCAAGGCACUGAGUUUCGAUUUUGUUCUCACCAUCUCCCACCUGAAAGUCUUGGCAGAGACUUCGCAGCUCUUCAGGGCACCUUGCAUCAUGAACUUGCUUCCCUCGGUUCUUCGUGAACCCGGCUCGUACUACGUGGCGCAGGGAAUGUAUGCUACAACGCUGGACUGCGUUACAUGCCGGCUGAAGCUCAAACAGCUCCUCAGCUUCACGGUUCGAAAUCCGACGGGCCACUACGAGUUGGCUUUGGACAAUCGAGCAGACUUUGCCGUCGCCGAGCAGCUGGCUCUUCUCGACAAGUGGGAAAUUAUGAUGGACAAGCGGCUGGGGCGAGAAGAUGUAUCAGCCGAGUGCAACCGAUCGCAUGCACGGAAUGCAUUCUACCAAGGGAAACCAAUUCUGACGUCCUCGAUGGCUUUUGCCGACUGGAAGCGGCCGGGCCACGACAAGCUCGAGUUGGACUACGUCAGCUCCCAGGGGCCGCCAAAAGGAGCCCAGGCCAUCACGUGGGCCUCCUUCCGCCAGAUCCUGGAGGCCGUUCAUCAACCCGCGUGUAUGGCACAUGUCAAGGUGUCCGCCCUGCGGAGCCAGGCGCAGAGCUUUUGCAUCGAGUCCAGGCAGCUUCGCGUGCUGGUGGGCACGUUUUCGGAGCCGGCUGACAGAAUUGAAAUCUUCGUUCUCUUCUUCAACCGAGUCGUUGAUCCACAGAACGCGAAGAUGUACAAAGCUCAACUCGAAGACUUCUCAGACGUGAUGGCAUUGAGACGCAGACUGGGCUUUGCGAGAACAUUUCCAUAUGUUCAACCGGAAUUCGACCAAUUCCAGUUGGACCUGCGUUUGCACGACGAGCGUGUGUGCAUGACGGCAUUGCUGGCGCUUUCAGCUCGCGAGAAUGCCGGCAACAUCCGCCACCCUGUGUACGUUUUGCCAGACGGGACUGUUGAUCCGCUUAAGAUGGGCAUUCCUCGCAGCUGGGAGUUCCUGGACCGGGUUCCCCAGGGGGGCCAGUUCAAGUGCAGCUAUGUUUGUGCUCCGGGGCAGCGAAACUUCGAGCUCCGGAAGCAGCUGUGCAAGACGUAUCACUUUUCUGAUGUAAAGGAGACCGCUGUCUCAUGGUGGACCAACAUGAUCGAGGUGCCUUCAGAAGUGAUCGACUUGGUGUUGAUGCUGAAGGAGAGCGGGGUGGAUUUGAACAAGGCCUUCGACUCGAUCGACGGCUUUGACGGCAACGGCGAGAUUGGACUCGGGAAGCUUCAGCAGGGACUGGAAGAUCUGGGCUGGCGAAGGUUCAAGAACCCUUCCUCCGACAACGAAAUGAAGGAGCAAAUACUGGCUAUCUUCCGCUGCGUCAACGUUUCUGGUCAUGGCACCCUUUCCAGAAGCGACUGGAACGUACUGCAGCAGCUCACCAAGGAUGUUGACCACGCCAUUGCGGAGUUCGUGCAGUAUUUGAUGCGCAUAUACGGCUCGAUGCCGGCAGCAUGGGCGGCGCUGGACGUCGAUGUCCAAGAGAGCCUUGGUCGGAAGGCUUGGAUCGAGGCGCUGCGGCAGCUGGGUUACUUUGGACCCGGUGACAUUGUUUUCCGAUUUCUCACGGCAUCUGACGCUUCACGGGCGCGUUUUAUAACCUGGCAGAAGUUUUGCAGGCUUGAAAAGUUCAUCAGCUAUGGUCUCGAACAGGCCACUACCUAA